CCAUCAAAAAACAUCCACAGAAGAAGAAGAAGAAUGACGUCAUUGGAUAGCGGCGCCGAGGUGGACUGGAAUGGGACCUGAAGAUUUUUCCCAAAUUUUGAUAGCUUAAUCCAUGAAUGGCGCCGAAACAGGACCCGAAACCUAAAUUUCAAGAAGGUGAAAGAGUGCUGUGUUUUCAUGGGCCAUUGCUCUACGAAGCUAAGUGUGUUAAGAUUAGUAUCAAGGACAAACAGAUCAAAUACUUCAUUCAUUACAGUGGUUGGAAUAAGAACUGGGACGAAUGGGUUCCUGAAAGCAGAGUACUGAAGUAUGUGGACAGCAAUCUUCAGAAACAGAAAGAGCUUCAGAGGGCCAAUCAAGACCAUUAUGUAGAAGGGAGAAUGAGGGGAGCUGCACCGAAUAAGAAAAUCCCUGCUGCAUCGCAGAAAAAUGAUGUAAACCUGAGUUGUAUGUUUUUUCCCAGGAAAACCAAAAAGAACAAACAGAAGACUCCUGGAGCAGGAGAGGGAACAAGUUCAGGAGGAGAUCCAACUCAUCCUCCCAGGAAGAAGAGAGCACGAGUUGACCCAACUGUUGAGAGCGUAGGUCCAGGAUUUCAUGAGGAAACCUUUAUAAACAGAGUUGAAGUUAAAGUAAAAAUCCCAGAGGAGCUUAAACCAUGGCUUGUGGAUGACUGGGAUCUGAUUACACGUCAAAAACAGCUUUUUCACCUUCCAGCCAAAAAAAACGUUGACGCUGUCCUCGAAGACUAUGGAAACUACAAAAAAUCAAGAGGAAACUCUGACAGCAAGGAGUUUGCUGUGAAUGAGGUGGUCGCCGGUAUCCGUGAAUAUUUCAACGUCAUGCUGGGGACGCAACUUCUCUACAAAUUUGAGCGGCCUCAGUACGCAGACAUCCUGGCUAACCACCCCGACACAGCCAUGUCUCAGAUCUACGGCGCGCCUCACCUACUCAGACUUUUUGUGAGAAUUGGGGCUAUGCUGGCAUACACUCCCCUGGACGAGAAGAGUCUUGCGCUGCUUCUCAGUUAUCUACAAGACUUUCUCAAAUAUCUCGUUAAGAACUCUGCGUCACUCUUCAAUGUAAGCGACUAUGAAGUUGCUCCUCCAGAGUAUCAUCGAAAGGCGGUCUAAAUUUUAUUUUAUUUUUUAGUUAGAUCUGAGACCUUUGUGUGUUAAAGAUCAGAAAACUCUUUCAGUUGGAAAAAAAACCUUAUUUGAAGCACAGAUUUUGUAACAUUAUUUUUGCUCUCAGAAGAAUCACAUGUGAAUAAAGUUGGGUUAUUUUUGUUUGUUUGUUUUUCCAAGAGGAACGCUGCUGAGAACAUUCCCCCCCCGUAUUCUUAUGUUUUUGAUUACCACUUUUUUGUUUACUUUGUUUUUUUGUCUGAGUCUAAUCAACAAAUUUGGACAUGACUGUUUUUUUCUUCUAUUUCCUGACUUGAAACAGAUACUGGUUACAAACGUCCUGGAAGCAGUUAUUUUCUAAUAAAAGUCUUUCAUUCGUUA